AUGCCGAGCAAGUUAAAAAAGGUCAUCGCGGCCAUGAAAGAUCAAACGAGCAUAAGCAUUGCCAAGGUAUCAGGAGGAGUAGAAUCCUCAUCUCUAGAAGUCGCAAUCUUAAAAACUACAAUUCACGACGAAACUCCAAUAGAUGAGAGAUAUGUUACGGAAAUUCUUAAAAUUGUUUCCUCUAACAGGUCUUAUGCAGGAUCGUGUGCACGAGCAAUAGGACGUCGUAUAGGACGGACAAGAAGUUGGGUUGUUGCGAUAAAAUCACUCAUGUUAGUUUUACGGGUUUUUCAAGAUGGGGACCCACAUUUUCCUAAGGAAGUCCUUCAUGCCAUGAAGCGAGGGUACAAAAUCCUUAAUCUCAAUUCUUUUCGUGAUGACUCUUCAAACUCUUGCCCGUGGGAUUUCACGGCCUUUGUCCGAACGUUCGCCCUAUAUCUCGAGGAACGUCUCGAAUGUUUUGUCACCGGAAAGCUUCAACGGCGUACAGCCUACAACCAAUCUGAUGAUCGGAGGUGUCAUUCGAGGAAAAAUGAGCCUAUUGUUCGUGACAUGAAGCCUAGUGUGCUCUUGGACAGGAUCUUACACUGGCAAAAGCUACUAGACCGUGCGAUCGCCACCCAACCAACAGGCGCAGCUCGAACUAACCAGCUAGUCCAAACAUGCCUAUAUGCAAUUGUCCAAGAAACCUUUGACCUAUACCGCGACAUAUCCGAUGGUCUAGCCUUAUUACUAGACAGUUUCUUCCAUUUACAGUACAAAAACUGUGUAAGUGCAUUCCAAACAUCAGUUAAAGCCUCGAAACAAUUCGAAGAACUUAGCUCAUUUUACGACUUAUGCAAAAACAUUGGUGUCGGAAGAACCUCAGAAUACCCAAGUGUUCAAAAAAUCUCAGACGAAUUAGUCGAAACAUUGCAAGAGUUUCUCAAGGACAAAUCCUCGUUUCCUGGGACUAAUGGUAGAAGUCCUCCAGGUGGAAGUUCAGCUGGCCUACCGCCUCUUAGCCCAAACUCGGAGUCUGGCUCAGUAAGGCGGUCUGAGUAUGGUGGGUCCCAAUGUACUUCACUCGAAGAUCUUAUUGGUGCGGAUGGUGGGUUCAGCCCCGGGAGGUAUUCAGACCCGGGAAGGCAGAAACCAAUGCAAUCAGAAGAUCAGUACUAUAGUACAAAUGACACUGCUUCUGUGCAGUCUGAUCCGACUGAUCACCAAAGAUUUAGCUCAGUUACGGAUCUUUUGUCACUAGAUGAUCCAUACCCAUCAACUGAAUUCAAUGGGGGAAUAACCCGAGAGGAAAUCUCAUUCGAACUUACCGAUGAUCAAGGCCUAAGUUCGUCCGCAGGACAAGGUUGGGAAUUGGUCUUAUUUGAAACAACACCGGCAGAUCAACCUCCUACACAAUCACAAAAUCAUGUUAGAAACGAUAGUGAGAUCAAUUUAUUCGGUGAUUUCAAUCGAUUAAGUACUUCUUCAUUAUCACCCUUACCAAACGUGCAAAACUAUAAUCCGUUUUUACAAGAUACAAAUGAUUUAUCGGAGGGUUGUUUUCCUCCUACAAUCAAUGCUGAAUUUGGUAAUACCGGGGAGUUUAGUAUGGAUCAUUUCUCCGAGAGUUUUGGUAACCGACUAAGCAUUACCAGUACUAGUUCUGUGCCACCAACAUUUGUACCCGAUCCAAACGACAGUAAUCAAGUUGAUUUCUUUAGAGACCUUGUCCGAGGUCCCAUGCCUUAUGGUAGUGAUCUCGUCGAACACAAUCGAAGUGUUUCGACAUCAUUCCUGGAUGACUUCAACGGUUUAGGACAAGGGCUGCCUACAUUUAGCAACGCCAAUGUACCAACAACUCAUCAUGCAAGGUUCACGAGUACUGAUCUGAGCGCUCCAAUAUUUUCGGGUGCAUUCAACAACAGUAGUAAUGACUUCGAUUCGAGUGAACAAACAACAGCUCGACAUGCCAGGUUCGCGAGUGGUGAUCCAAGUACAGUGUCACCAUUUUCCGGUGCAUUUAACAGUACUAAUACUCAAAGUGUUGGUGAACAAACAGGAGCUCGACAUUCUAGGUUCCCGAGUGGUAAUCUUAGUGCUCCAUCAGCAUUUUCGGGUGCAUUUAACAGUACAAACAAUUUAGGUGCAAGUGAUCAAUCAGCAGCUAAACAUGUUAGGUUCGCGAGUAGUGAUCUAACUACUUUAUCAGCAUUUUCGGGUUCAUCUAACAACAUUACUGAUAAUGUGGGUAUAAGUAAACGACCUACAUCUCAUCAUGUUCGAUAUGGAAGUAAUCGACUAGUGCCACCAACUUAUUACGCGGAUUUAAGGGAUGGAUCAACUGAUGUGAAUACGAUGAAUGCAAUUGUACCUUUUGGUCAAGUAGGAAAUGAUAAUUUCUUCUCUUCAAGUCCUAAAUUCCAAGCAGCACCAACAUUUCGUGCCUCCUCGAGUGUAGAGAUGGAUCAGAAUCAGCAUAGUUUGUGGGAGCAAAACGAUCCGUUUGGAUCAUUUCCGAGUACGACAAUGAAUAAUAAUAGUGAUCAGCAACGAAAUAAUGGGCAUUUAGAUCAACAGAAUUUAUGGCAACAACAACAGUCAUGGCUGCAAAAUCAGAAUAGAAUUUUAGCUAGACAUUUGACAUGA